CUGAUACAGUGACAGUAGUAGAAGAAGAAAGUGUUUGACCGACUGGCGGAUCACAGGCUGCUGUGAUCGUGACGCCAGUAGUCAGAUUGAUCUUCAUCAGAGAGGCAGAGUCUGGAGACUGAUCGACAGGACAUAUCUGAUCGGUCGAGCUGUCGUCCCUCUGAAGUGAACCUGCUCCUUAGCAGCCUGCUGCUGUGUCGUGCUGAGAUGUGUGAUCAAAAAAAAAAAGGUGUUGACCUCGGAGACGAUGAAGACGAGCUGUCAGUCAGUGAUGACUCUGAGCCUGAGGAGAGACCCACCAUGGCGCCGUUUGACCCUGAGCUUGACCACAGUGAUGAUGAUGAUGAUAAUGAAGAGGUGUGCUGUGCUCCUGCUGGCCUCAGAAAUCAGGCUCAGUUCAGUCUGAGAGGAGGUAGCUCAGCCUUCUCCAACCGCUCCCAAAGCAUCUUUGACUGUCUGGACAAUGUGGCCCGGCCCCCCUCCUCCACCUCCUCCUGCCCCUCCUCUUCUUCCUCUUCUUCCUCCUCCUCUGUGAACCAGCAGAAAGAUGGCGUUUUUGCUAGGCCUCAGGCUCCGCCCCCCAGCAGGAAAACUACCCAGCCUCCACUGAGCCCCCCCAACCCGGUCAAGAGGAGGGGAACCCCUGACUACCUGCUUAAUCCAGAGCGCUGGACCCACUACAGCCUGGAGGACACCAGUGAGACAAGUGACCAAGGUAACACCAGGGCUGCCCUCAGCUUCCUGUCCACUCUGCAGGAGCGGAAGGAGGAGGACAGGAAGCAGAAAGAGGAGGAGGAGGCAGAGCGCAGCUGCAGUGACUCCUUCCCCUGUAACCUCCAGAAAAAGAUGAUCUUCAGCAGACCCAGCAGGCCGAAGAGAGAACAACCUAUGGUGAGGAGCAGAGAGAAGGAGACGCUUCUUAGUCAUCUGCAGGAAGAGGAGGUGGAGGGCAGGGAGACACAGAAGACUGGAGAAAGGAGAACAGAGGUGGAGGAAAAACACGCUGAGAAUCAAACAAUGGAGGAGGAGCAGGGACAGAGACAGAGAGAAAAGGAGGAGGAGGAGGAAGAGGAGAAAGUGGAGUCUGGUCCUGUGUUCACCUCCUUCAGGAGGAUGAGCAGUAAGAACUACAGGAGGAGUUCAGUGAAGGAGGAGUACUGAACAGAGCUCUCUCUCUGAAAUAUAAAACUCUGCUGUUGUUAUGUUGUUCUCCUCUAAAUGAUCUCAUUCAUUGAUCAAUCGGGUUUACCUGCUGCACCGAUGACUGUGUGGGCAGAGUCAAGAAUGAAUCCUGUCUUACCUGUAGCCCCACCCAGCUGUGAUGUCACCAAGUCUGAAAGCGUCAGUCAGCACAAAUAUCUGUAAUUUCUUUGAUGUGUUCAGAAUAAACACAAGCGUGAAUGAUGCACACAGGGUGAUUAUUACACACCAACAUGACACUCAAACAAGACGACAUCCCCUCCUUCAGAAGCUGCUCCCAAGUCCAAUCAAAGCUAAUGUUAGCUCUAGGGAUGCAUCUUUUUAACGUCAUAAACGGCUCAUCAGCAAAUAAUGUGGCAUGAGUCGAUGUUUAUCUGUUGUGUCAUAAAUGUACAAAUAACUACUAUUUCAGAGAAGGUGUUUUUAGUUAGGAGGAGGAAGUCACCCGCAUUUGUUUUCUUGGUCAUAGAGAAAAAGUUGGCAUUGUGAGAGUCUUACACCAAAAGUAGUCUUGAAAAAAUCAUUGGUUUCACAUCAGCGAAAUGGCUAUGUUAAACAUCGGACCCUGAGGUUCACUAUCGUGCGUCUUUAAUCAGCUCCACAUGUCAGUUUGUCCUGAAAGCUCAUGAGCUGCACACUUCUCCUGCUCAACCCAAACUCUGUUUAAAGAAAAGUGUCUCUUAAGAUAAACUAGUUUUACAUCCACUGCAGAGGAGGGUUUCAUCAUCUGAUAACAUUUUGUAUCUUUAAAAAUAGACAAACAUUGAGACAUUUUUCAAGCCCGGUGCAGUUUCGUCAGAUGGCUGUUCAUCAUAAGUCUGGAGACGCCUGCCUCUUAAAAGGAAGUUAUUUCUUGCCACUGUUUGCUAAAUGUUGCUUAGCUCUGUGCUCAUGAUGGAUUAACAUUGGGUCUUUGUAACAUACAGUAACAAUGAGUAAGGUCUUUUACCUCCUCUUUGUAAUAUUACAAAACAAAACGUAAGGUCUUUUAAAUGCUUCUUGUAAAGUGUCCUUAUAUAACAUUUGUUAUAUAUUGGUGCCAUACAAAUUAAGAUUGAUUGAAGUAAGCCUGAGACUGAACGUGUCACUCCUGAAGCUUCGGCUGCAGCAUGUGGAGGACUCAUCACCUCCAUAGUUUAAACUGUGUCUUUAAAGUUUCCUUUAAAAUAUGUUGGUACAGUGUUCACUGCAUUUUAGUCAUAAUUGUGGUAAAGUUAUACGCUCAUUUUUUAGAUGACUAAAGAAUGUUUAUGAUCAUUUACCUGUAUGGUUUAGAUAUCAAUAUCUUUAUGGAACAUUCUUUGCUACCACUUUCUUUUGUUACCAGAGAAACCAGUUUAACUAUUCAAAGAAAUAAAAUACAUUGAACUUUCA